AUGCCUGAACAAGAAAUCAAGCAUUAUCAUGGAAAUGAUGGAUCCGAUGAUAGUUCUGAUGAUGAAGACAUGGCUGACGCUUCGAUAAAGAGUAUAAAAGACGAACUCGCCCUGAACCCUUCCAAUUACGACAAACACCUAGAACUAAUCAAAAUCUGCAAAGAAUCCGGCGAACUAGACGAAUUACGCACUGCCAGGGAAAAUUUCGCCGCGAUCUUUCCGCUAACCGAGAAGCUGUGGAUAGAAUGGAUCGCAGAUGAAACUUCACUUACGGAAACAGAAGAGGAGCAUGAAAAACUUGUUGAGCUAUACGAAACUGCCGUGGGAGACUAUUUGUGCCCAGAUUUGUGGCUCAAUUAUUGCCAAUAUGCUCUGCGAUGGCUGGGCGCGGAAGGUGGCCUUGGGAAAUUCAGAGCGCUUUGUGAACGAGCAAUUACUCAAGUUGGUUUGCACCCAGAGAAAGGUGCUCCAAUUUGGGAAAUCUACCGCGAAACAGAAACAGCACUUGACGGAGAGGACAAAAAAGAACGCGUGACGAAAAUCCUGCGACGUCAGGUUGCACUGCCACUGUACGACAACGAAGUCGCAUUCAAGGAAUUGAAGCAAAUCGAUAGCGAACUCUGGAAAAAGGUCAAAUGCGACUACGACGCGGCGAAGAUAAAGUUGAAAGAGAUCGACGAGUUUGAAGCGAAGUUGAGAUUGACCGACAAUCCAAGUGAACUGGGCGAGAUUUGGAAAGAAUACCUCAAGUACGAAAUCAAGAAGUCAGACCCAGUUCGCAUCGAAUUUGCGUACGACCGCGCAACGACGCAAUUAUGCUUGAAUCCAGCGCUUUGGCUGGAAUUCCUCGCAUGGGCGAAGAAAAUAAAAAGUCCAAAUUUGCGAAAGAUUUCGGUGCGCGCCGCGAGAAACUGUUCUUGGGAUGAGAACCUGUGGCUAGAGAGAUUGAGCUUGACGGAUGAAGAUCCAAUGAAAGUGUUCGACGACGCUGUGGAAGCACUAGAAGGCGUUGGCAUUGAGCGGUUACAGGGCUUGCUCUGGCAGCUUGUGUUAAUAUACAGACGCCGAGCCACUCAAAAUGAUGAUGACAUGGAAGAUUCUCUGUCGAACAUAAGCGAUGACGCGAAGAACGCGUUCCGAACUGCUGUCAAAAAAGCAAUCCAGAUCAGCCUCUCGUUAAGCGCCUCAGAUCUUGUCCAAGAGUUCGAAACAUUCGCCGCAGAAGUAGAAAUGGUCUUCUUCGACGAAUUGCCACGCGGCCGAUCGAAAUUUGAGAAACUGCUGAAGUCGAACUUCGGACAAGACGGUAAGAAUUGGGUGCGUUUCGCUGAAUUGGAGCAAUUUCACGGCGAUCUUCAGCUCGUUCGCAAAAUCUAUAAAAAAGGGAUUAUGUUUUCGAAAGUGAACUGCUACGAUAUAUUCAUGAAAGCGUUGCAUUUUGAAAGAAUGUAUGGAACACAAGAAGACCUUGAAUCGACGGUGUCCUCCAUCGCCAAGAAACAAGAAGAAAACAUCAGAAAGGAACAAAAAGAAGCAGCGGAGAAGGAAAAGGCUCAAAAACGAGCAGAAAAACAGUCGAAGAAAAUUGGAAAGAAAGAAUUCAAGGCAAUGGCUUUUGUGAAGCAGAUUGAUGAGAGUCAAGGCAAUUCAGAUGAUGCAGCUUGUAUUGAGCCAGAGAGAAAGAAACACAAGAAAAAUCCAAAACAGAAUGGCGACUCUGGAGCAUCUGUUUCUCCCCAAAAGAUGGAAACGGAUUCUUCGGAAUCAAUGAAUCCCCCAGCUGGUGAUUUCAAAGCGCCAAUGCCGAUGGCCCCGCCUAUGGGGUUACCUGUUGCGUUUGGUUCCAAAAAGCCAGUUCAGCCCAAAAAGCGCCCGCCGCCCAUUCAAAAAACCGACAAUAACAAAAAACCAAGCAAAAAUGAAGAAAAAGAAGAGCUCGACCCUAAUCAGCCGAAAUUCAAACAUGCCGAAACUACCGAGGAGAAAGAAAGAACUGUUUACGUGUCAAACAUGGACUACAAAUUAAAGAACCCGGAGAAGGAGUUGAAGAAGAUCUUCGUCGGCUGCGGCGAAAUCGAAGAAUUCCGAAUGGUCAAAAACGGCGUUCUUUUCCGAGGAUAUGGAUACGUUCUUUUCAAAGAGAAAAAAGGGCACGAUAAUGCAUUGCUCAGAGACAGAACGAAGAUAAAUGGACGGCCGUGCUUCGUUUCAAAGUUUUCGGAACCAGGCGACAGUAAAAAUAAAAAAGACUUCAAGUUCAAUGAUGGGAAAGAAGACCAUCGAGUUUUUGUCAAACAUCCGAAACCACUGUCGAUCGACGAAAUCCGUCAAGUGUUCGAAAAGUGUGGCACCAUAAUAGACACGCGACUGCCAGAGACACGAGAGGGAAGAAGAAAGCCGUUUUUCUAUGUUGAAUUUGCAACAGCUCUCGAAGCGACGAAAGCAAAUUUGAUGCUCCAUCAAAAAGAAGUUUUUGGACACGUUAUUGAAGUUCUUGUCAGUGACCCGCCAAAGCGUGGCAAACAAGCUUCGGACGAACCGAAGAUUAUUGAUAUUUCAAAGACGGCCUACGCAACACCCAGGAGUAAAUUUAAUCUAGUGCCGAGAAAUAUCAAAAGUAGCGCUCAAGCAGCAACAAAGAAAGCUACUAGUGUCCCUUCCAAGCCAGCACCUGAACCAGUGUCCGAGGAGAAAUCCGAUUCCGGAGAGAAAUCCCAAAAGCCCAAAAAGGCCGGCCUCUCAAAUGCCGAUUUUGCGAAGUUAUUUUCCUAA